GUCUCUGCUAUUUUUAACCGUAUUCAGCUGAAUUAGUCGCUAGCUUGGAAUCAAUUAAACAUGGGUGCUCAAACUUUUGUCCCUCGUUCAAAUUUCUUCAAAUCCUGACUAUAAUUAUUAGAUUGUCACGUGUGACAACUUACAGUUUAAAUUUUAAUUUGAUUUAAUUUUGAUAAGUUCAAUUUCCAGAAUUGUUGUUAUUAUUGGGAUUCAUUUUUAAUCAAGUAAGCGUUCAGUCAUAAUAGUUCCUAAAAUGGGGUAUUUUAUGACGUCAUUGAUAGUAUCUCUCUUGCCCUACACAAUGAAUUUGGCUGAUUCGAAAAUGCUAACUGGAUCUCCUAUAGCAUUUCAAAGAUCGACUCAUUUCAAUAACCAAAGACUACCUCUUACCAUCUUUCCAAUACAUUAUAGAUUAAAUUUGUCAGUGCCAUUGAUAGAUAACAAUUUCACCGUAACUGGGGACGAAUGGGUUUUUUUGAAUUGUACAGUAACUACAAGGGAAGUUGUAUUCAAUGUGAAAAACAUUGACAUCGAUAAGGCUAAGACCAGGCUUUAUGAUUCUUUUGGUGGAUCGUUCGUUCGAAUUAUAGAACAAAGAUAUGAAAGUAGCCGAGAAAUGUUUGUGAUAAGAACGGCAACUCCAUUGAUUUCUAGACGUCAGUAUGAGUUGGGACUUCAGUUCUCCUAUGUUCUCAAUGAUGAGCUGAUGGGAUUCUAUCGAAGCAGCUAUAUUGAUCAUGCUACUGGAGAGAAACACUGGAUAGCAACCACCCAAUUCUCUCCCACGGCAGCCAGGCGGGCUUUUCCUUGUUGGGACGAACCAUCAUUCAAAGCCUACUUUUCCAUAAGUAUUGCUCAUCACAACAAAUACCAUACUUUAUCCAAUAUGCCUAUCAGCAAUUCAAUACCGGCCCCUGGAAUGAACAAUGAUUGGAUCCAAGAUGUUUUCAAAACGACAUUACCGAUGUCAACAUACCUUGUGGCUUUCAUUGUUUCUGACUUUGUUCCUUACAAAACAGUCAUCGAUAACAGCUCAGGUUGGAAGUUCACACUAUGGUCAAGAAAAGACAUUCUAUCACAGACUGAGUAUGCCGCCGAAAUGGGACCCAAAUUGCUUAGUUUUCUGGAAGAAUAUUUCUCCAUAAAAUUCCCUCUUCCGAAACAAGAUGUGGUUGCCAUUCCCGAUUUCGGUUUCAGCGCGAUGGAGAAUUGGGGACUUAUCACAUUCAGGGAAACAUCCCUUCUAUAUAAGCCCGGUAAGACAAGUGAGAAGAGCAAACUGGACAUAGCGUUUGUGUUCGGUCACGAGUUGGCUCACCAGUGGUUUGGCAACCUGGUCACCCCUGCCUGGUGGAACGAUCUCUGGCUAAAAGAAGGAUUCGCUACUUUCAUUGGAUACACGGCGAUAAAUCAUAUGGAGCCAUCAUGGAAAGUGCUGGAUCAAUUUCUUCUGCAACAAGUGCUGGGAUCGAUGAAAAUCGACUCACUCAACGCAACACAUGAAAUUGAAGUUGAAGUGGAGGAGCCCAAAGACAUUGUGCAGAUCUUCGACAACAUUUCAUACAUGAAAGGCGCCUCGAUAAUCAACAUGAUGAGCCAGUUUCUGGGUGAGCGGGUGUUCCGCGCGGGUCUCAAGCGCUACCUGACCGAGCACGCCUACUCGAAUGCAUGCCAGGACCAGCUAUGGCGAGCGGUCACGGUCGAGGCUGCCUCGAGUCUGCCUCAGGGUGUCGACGUCAAGCAGAUCAUGGACACUUGGACCCUGCUGCCUGGCUUCCCUGUCGUCACGGUGCACAGGGAUUAUGAACAGGGAACGGCUAGUGUCACACAGGAGCGAUAUUUCGUGCUGAAUGAAUUCACCAGUGAAGAUAAGUGGUGGGUACCUGUUUCAUACACCACACAAAGUGAAAUGGACUUCAACAACACCCAGCCAAAAAUUUGGUUAGAACCAUCCAAACCGACUAAGAAAAUUACAAAUAUUGAUCCUGAUGACUGGCUGCUGAUAAAUUUAAAACACACUGGCUACUAUAAGGUGAACUACGAUGAAGAAAACUGGCGUAGAUUGCAGGAAUCGUAUCUGAAAAUGCCAGAAACGAUUAGAGCUCAGCUGUUGUCAGAUGUGUUUAGUUUGGCAGCCACCGGAAGGACCAACUACUCGACUGCCCUGGGCUUCAGUCUGCAUUUGCCCCGAGAUAAUUCCUAUUUUCCCUGGUCGAUUGCUUCCGAAAAAUUGUCGUUUAUCGGAAAACUCAUGCGGGAUACGGAUGCUUCUGACGAUUUGAAGAAAUACAUGUUGCAUUUGGUGGUGAAUACCAACAAAGAGCUCACUUUCUUCCCAAAAACUCCAAUUACUGGUUAUUUGAACCUAUUGCUUCAAUUGAAUUUAGUUGGAGUGGCGGCGGACAGUGAUCACCAAAAAUUGGUUCAUGAAGCGAAACAAUUUUUAAAUGAUGAGAUUCUCGGUAAAAACGUCAGUAUAAUGGCGGAUUUCAAAACCAAGGCAUAUUGUACGGCAAUCAAACAUGGUGGCUAUGAAGAGUGGAAUUUUCUAUGGAAAAAAUAUCAUGAGACAAAUAUUGCCUCAGAUAGAGUGGUCAUUCUCAUGGCAUUGGGAUGUAGUAAAAAUAGCACCAUCCUUUCAAGGUAUUUGAACAGAAUCCUAGAUCCAGACAGUGAGAUAAGAAAACAAGACGGGGCGUUUUUAUUUGAAGUUGUAGCCAAUAAGAAUCCAGUCCUGGCUUUCGAUUUUCUCAAAAAGCGGUGGGAGAAUCUCCAGUCAUAUUUUGGACUGGGAUUCAGACAAAUGGCAAAAAUAAUUGAGUCUCUUGGCACGCACUUGAAUAUGGAGCAGCAACUGAUAGAGCUGGAAAAACUGCGAUCAGACCACAUGCAAAGCCUUGGGUCCACAAGCAACAGUUUCAAACAAACCAUCGAAAGAGUGAAGUUCAACAUACAAUGGAUGAACAACCAUUACGAGUCUGUUACAACUUGGCUGAAAGAAAUGCUACCAAAAUUGAAAAAGACGUGAUAAAGUGUUCCUUCCUCUCAGCUAUGAUCAAUACUGGAGUAUUAUUAGUUUAAGGGAAUAAAUGUGUCGAAAACUUGAAGAUUCAAAUCGUUGAAGGCUUAUCUAGCUUUUAACAUUAUCAAGACUAUCUCCUAUCAGACAUUUUUCAUGUCAAAUAAUAAUAUUUCAAAUUUAGAACUUUUAAGCUAGUACACUCUUGAGGAGAAUGUUAACAAGUUUUUUAUUUUUUCAACAAUAAUCUACGUUUUCACUUAUUGACGUUUCACUUAUACACGAAUUAAUGAAAAGUUUGCAUUGGAACAGCAUGAGAAACUCCAAUUUCUCCAGCAGUUUCAGUACAAAAAUUUUAUUGAACCGAGUGCUUUGAAUAUUUUCUGUAAAAUUUAAAAGUUUAACUUGUAUGUAAGAAAUCUACAAAGCUCUAGUGAAGAAGUGCCAUUGUUUGAAAGGUGCUAUUAUUAUAGUCAAUAUUAUUGCAAAGUCAGUUCUGACUUAAUUGUGCUAAAGUAAGAUUAAAAGUUGUGUGUUCUCAUAAGUUAUUGAGGAAAUCUUUUUUUUCUGAAUAGAGUAUGCAAAAAUAUAGUCAUUAUUCGA